UAGCAACGGGAAAGCGGGAGCGCCGCACGACCGGCUGGUGUUGCCUAGCACUUGGGGUCGGCAACUUGGGCGGGGUUAGGGCUGCACGGGGCGGGGCUCCGUCCUGUUCGGGAAACCACUCUCCGCGCCUACAAGCCUCUUUGUGAUCCGUGCCUCGCACAUGCGCAGUGCGACCGGGGGCUGGGCGCGGGGUGACGGUGGCGGCCAUGUCGCUGCAGGAGGAUCCGGUGCAGCGCGAGAUCCACCAGGACUGGGCUAAUCGCGAGUACAUCGAAGUGAUCACUAGUUCCAUCAAGAAGAUCGCGGACUUCCUCAACUCCUUCGACAUGUCCUGCCGCUCCCGACUCGCCACCCUCAACGAGAAGCUGACAGCGCUGGAGCGACGGAUCGAGUACAUCGAGGCCAGGGUAACAAAGGGCGAAACUCUCACCUAACUGCUGAAGGCUGGUGGGGAGCUGACCUGGAGAAGAUUGUGCGGCUGUGCCAGAGUUGACUGUCGGGCUUUGAUUUCUUCAUUACUUCUUAUUGGUGACAGGACUUCAGCUUGUUUCUGCCCCCUGCAAUGCAGUAUCUCUGCCUUCAGUGCAUGGCUCCAGAGGAAAUUGAUAAAAUGCAAAUGAGCAUGUUGAAUUCAGUGAUUUGGUACAGACCGAUUCAUGCAGCUGUCAAAUACUCCUGUGCCACUUAACCUCUCUCUCGUUCCCAGCUGUGCAUGUAGAACUACAUUUUGCAGCUACAGAAUCUCUCUGACUAAAGGUCGCUUUGUGGAAAGAAAACUUCUCUUGGGAGCUGACCGGCUGAGGAAGUGGGUGUCCCUGCUGUUCGUGGGACACUGCUCUGGUGGUUUCAGUUCCUUUAGCAAACACUGCAACUUGUAUCUCUUAGCAGAAAUGUCAGUAUAUCCAUCCUUCCAGUCUGCGAGCAGAGCAGUAGAUGUGCAGUGUGUGUGUGGCAGGGGGAGGCAGAGGAAUAGGUCAUGUGGCAAGAUAAACUCUUCGGGCAGGGUGGGUUUCAGAGUUUUCUGUGUCUUUUGUAUUUUGUAGUGUCACAUGGGGGUGUCUUUCAUUUGUGUUUCAACAAUAAACUGCCUCUGCUGAUGGGGUCUGUCUGAGCUGA